AUGUCAGAACCUAUACCCAUCCCUCACUCCAAAACCGAGACCGCCCUGGAUGACAUGACUACCCACGAUAUCGCCGGUAGUGCUGGUUCCGAUUUCACGCCCUCUUUGACGGGUGCUUUGACACCCGGCUAUCAAUCGGGCUACCAAUCCUCCAGUCCUGGAAGUCCAUACCUCCUCUCCAGAAAUCCUUCCUACAUUGGCAGCCAAUCUUUACAGGAAGAUUGGGAGGUGCCCCUUGACAAGCUCACCUUCUUUGACAUCUUCGACAAUCUCGCCUUACCAGCCAAGCUCGAAAAAUGGCAGGCGACCUUACAGGCUCAGAAAGAGAAGCUGGCGCGUCAGCAGGAGAAGAUAAGGAGUUCGGGCAACAAUGCGAAAGAUCGCGCCAUGGCCGAAUGGCGCAAACGCGUUCCCUCAGCCGACGAACAGUUGGCCAAAUACCGAUCCCGCAUGAAGAAAUCGGUGGAUGAUCUAAACAGGAGAUGGAACGAAACCGUUACAAUAUCGAUCCGCGAAAAAGUCUCCUUCAUCUCCGCCGUCCUCAACGUCUUCGUCAGUGGCUACCUGAUAGGGGCUUUCCCCCAAUAUUUCUACUGGUGGUAUACCAUACAACUCAUCUAUUUCAUGCCAAUUCGAGCCUACACCUACCACCGCAAGGGUUACCACUACUUCCUCGCCGACCUGUGUUAUUUUGUCAACUUUCUGCUCCUUUGCUCGAUCUGGGCAUUCCCCCGCUCAAAGCGUCUCUUGAUCAGCGCCUACUGUCUUGCCUACGGCAACAACGCCGUCGCCAUUGUCAUGUGGAGAAACUCACUAGUAUUCCACUCCUUGGACAAAGUCACCAGCCUUUUUAUACACGUCAUGCCUCCGGUGGCAUUACACUGCAUCGUUCACCUCACUCCAGAUGAGUACUUGCGCAAACGAUUCCCAGCCGUGCACACCAUCAAGUACAGCGAAAAGGGAUCGCCGGGGCACUACGAACUAGCCGCCAUGCUUCUGUGGGCUACCAUUCCCUACGCGAUCUGGCAGUUGUCCUACCACUUCUUCAUCUCGGUCCGGCGCGCCGAGAAAAUUGCAGCUGGGAGACCUACAUCAUUCACGUGGCUACGUCGUUCCUACGCGAAGACGUGGAUUGGGAAGUUUGUCAACUCGCUACCAGUCCCCCUACAAGAACCGGCUUUUAUGGUGAUUCAGUACUUGUAUGCCUGUCUCACGAUAAUACCGUGUCCGAUAUGGUUCUGGUAUCGAUGGCCUAGCGCAUUGUUUUUGUUGUUCGUUUUCAGCUGGUCCGUGUGGAACGGUGCGAAUUACUACAUGGACAUCUUUGGCAAGCGAUUUCAGAAAGAGCUGGAGCAAAUGAAGCGCGACGUGGCUAAAUGGCAGAACUCCCCAGGAGCCAUGUUUAGUCCGCCGAACGGACCCGUGGACUCGGAUGUCAACUUGAGCACGACAAAGGACGCUUCGAGCAAAAAACAUGACAAAAGGCAAUCCAUUGAUAAAAUCCCGUUGCUGGAUGAGACAGGGCAGCCGCAACAGAACGGACAUGCAGACGCCAGUCCAAAUCUGGAUGCGAAUGCAAGGGCCACAGGCGCAGAGAUUCUGAACGAGGCGAACGGCAACAUUUUGGAUAGGAAGAAUGUGCAAGCGCCGCUUUCGGGGGCAACAAUGUGA